UGCGCGUGUCCGCCCGUCAUAUAAAAACCCUGAGUUUAAAUUUUUUCGCUCCCGUUCUCUCUGAACUCAUCACAGGUUUUCUUUGAUUUGUGAUCAGAGGUUCGUACGUACUUCACGACUGAGACUGAUCAUCGCCCUCAAGACUCAUCGCACUCAAGUCAUCCUCAAGACUCCCGGAGCAGAUUUGUUCACACUCACACCAUCACAUUUUAUAUAAAAUAUAUUAGGUUAUCUUAGAUAAUUUAAGUUAAGUAGUUAAGGUAGGUUAGGGUUUAGGUCACUUAAACUUUGUAAGAAGUUUUUUCUUUUUCUUUUUUUGUCUUCUGUCCAGCAGGAUGCCAAGGAAGGGGAGGAGGUCUGAGGCGGCCAGGCGCCGAUGGAGUAAGCUCGACCUGGAGGAGCCGACUCCCUCCACUUUCCCCCUGAAGACGGUGUCCCCCCUGGCCAGAGAGAAGCCUUCCACAGGGUCGAGGACCAGGGAGACCCACCCCCCCUGCUCCCGAGCUCCAGUCAGCAACUUGGUUGGAUCUUCACCCCCAGCCAAGCCUUUCUGGAGCACGGGAGAUGUCCUUCCCAAAGUUCGGCCAUGCCGCGGUACCGGGUUCCGCCAUCGGGUGCUGAGGUGGCCAACUUCAAAGCUCACAGGACGGAGCCACAAGUUGGUCAUCCCGCCGGAGUCUCCUGACAAGAAGUUCGUUCUGAUUGUCGGGGACUCCCACCUGCGGUCCAUCGCGGACGGUUUCGCCGUGAUGCCAGAGGGUAAGUUCUCGUUUGGCGUCAUGUCAACCCCUGGGGCCCACGCUGCUCAGCUGCGGACGGAGGUCCUGCAUGCUGAUCUUCCUCGGGCCCCUGCUGCGGUCUGUGUUCUUGCCCCCAGCAACAACCUGACGGCGAGCAGGACCAUCGAGGAGGCAGCCGUCGACUAUGCAAGUUUCCUCACUGCUGUGAGGAGCCGCUGGCCGGAGGUUUUUGUGCUGGACUUCCCCCCCCGCCUGCAGGAGGAUGAGAUGUACCAGGUCCUCCUGCGCCAAGAGUACCACCGCGUGACAGCCCGUAUGGGUGUGAGGUACUUCUCUGUGGCGGAGCACUUCCCCCUUACGCGCUUGGAGCUGUGGAGCAGAGACGGCGUUCACCUGAGCGACCGUGAAGGGAUGGGCAUCCUCACCCAGCUGCUGUGGGCCGCGACGGAGCAGUUCCUCAAGACACCACCACCUCCCCCGGUGUCUCCCACUCCUUCACAGCCACUUGGGAAGGUAUCUCCUAAGCUGGUUGUGAAGGGCGAGGUAUGUGCUCCUCUGUCUCCUGACCCCUUCCAGUGGAAGGUCGUUGGUCGGAGAAGCAAGUCGCAGGUUCCUGGUCAGGCCAGCGUGGCGCAGCAGCAGGAGGAGUCCUUCCUCCCACUGAACCCAGUGUGGUUCAGUAGCACGACCCUUCGUGCUGUGGAGGAGGUGUCUCCUUCUCGGCUGUCUGGCGUGGAGGACUGCAGGUCUCCUCCAGCGAGCAAGAAGGUGGCCUCCCCAGCGGCAGCCAGGCGUCGUAGGACCUCAGAGAGACGCCCCCCCCACCACCAGUCUCCUGUGAACAACCUGGUUGGAUCCCCUCCAACCAGGCUGUCACAGAGACUGGAGGACGACGCCCCCUCCAGCCCGGUUCCUCGGUCCAGGACCACGGACGGACCAUCCCCCCGCACCCAAAUUUCAGUGACCAACCUGAUGGAGUCCCCUCCAGUCAGGUUGUCCUGCAGUUUGGGUGAUCCGGAGACCCCCUGCUGUUCCCCGGUUGCGAAGGUGCCCAGGAUGAAGACUCCUUCACCGGCUGGACCAUCCAAGACCAUUAAAGAUGUGGCCCAUCAGUCUCCUCGCCUAGCUAAGACAUGGACACCAUUUCCCUCAUCGACUUCCUGGCCCUGGAUAAUCGGCGAUGGACUCUCCAACUCCCCUGCUAAAGAGGCGAGCGUCAAGGCUCUCUACUGUCCAUGUUCAAAAGCAGGAGUAUCUCACAGCAGAGUGAGGAGGAAAUGAAGAGGACCACAGCUGAUCUCGUGCCAGUGGGGACAGCAACCGAUCACAAAAAAGAUGAAGACCUCCAGAAGACUAUAGCAGCUCACUCUCCAGUGAAGACAGCAACCCAGCAGAAGAACGAAGAACAACAGACUCAGGAAGAAGACCUCCAGAAGAUCCCCCCCCCCCUUUUAUCUUUAGUUUCCUGAUUGGUUCGGUUGUCUUGUCUGCUUCUUAGAUUAGUUCUCAUUGUAUUUAGUAGGGAGGAUACACACCAGGUCCUAGGGCCUGUGAUUAGUUGACCGGUAGUACCUAAUCUGCUUUUUGUUGCUACAGUAAUGCUUUUAUGCCUGAGGACUACAGUUGACUUGUUAACUUGAGUGCAGUCCUAAAGUUUCCAUCAAUGAAACUGUCUUCAUGUUAAACUGUUCAUGUUGUUGUUGCCCAAAUGAGGAUGGGUUCCCUUUUGAGUCUGGUUCCUCUCGAGGUUUCUUCCUCAUGUUGUUGUCUGAGGGAGUUUUUCCUUGCCACCGUCGCCACAGGCUUGCUCAUUGGGGAUAGAUUAGUGACAAAAUUAGCUCAUGUUUUAAGUUGUUCAAAUUCUGUAAAGCUGCUUUGCGACAAUGUUUGUUAAAAGCGUUAGACUUAUGUUGAUUUUUGCUGACUCAUCGGGUGUUUUUCAAUGCCUUGGUUGUUUCCUUGUGUUUUAUGGAAAAAUAAACCUAAUAUCUGCUGCAAAA